UUAUCACCUCAGAUUCCCAAUGCUAUCAACAAUCAAACGAACCUUAACUCAAUCGAAGAUGCUGUUAGUCCAUUAUUCAGUUACAUUGCAUUGUAGAACAUGGACAAGUUUUGCGUUCUCCUGGCACUAGCACUAAUAGUGCUAUCCGCAGAGGGAAGCUUGCAGUCCCGACCCAAAGUUCGCCGUGCCGUAUCCAACUCUAAUCGACGUUACCAGUGUGGUACCAAGAAACGACAAGUUGAAGGCCUCAUAACAAAUGGAUUAACUACGAAACUUGGUGAAUGGCCCUGGCAUGGUGCCUUGUUCCAUCGAAAAAAUCGUCAUUCGAAGGAGUACAAGUGUGGUGCUACGCUGAUCGAUCAGAAUUUCGUGAUUACCGCCGGUCACUGCGUCGUAGACCGAGAAAGUGGAUAUGAGGUGAAUGCCAAAUCGGUCACGGUUGACUUCGGAUAUGUGCAGUUGUUCAGUUCUUCAAGUCAUGGGCAGUCGCAUGGUGUGCUGGAAAUCUUUGUCCAUCCAAAGUUUGAAAAGGACAGUAACAAGCAUGACAUAGCAGUACUGUCUUUGAAAACGGCAGUGAGAUUUAGUGACUUCGUUCUUCCCAUAUGUGUGGGAUUGACCAGGUCCGAUGAGAGCAUUCGCGACAUCAUUGGACAGCAGGGUAGAGCUGUGGGAUGGGGUCUUACGGAAAAUGACGAAACCUCAACGGAUCUGAAGCUGGCGAUUUUGCCCAUUGUGGACCACGCCGAGUGCCUGGCGACGGAUCCUGAUCUGUUCGGUUCGCUGAUAUAUCCGGGCAUGUUUUGCGCCGGAUUUAGGAACGGAACAAGUGUGUGUAACGGCGAUAGUGGAGGUGGAAUGUAUGUUAUCGAAGGUAACAGGUGGUUUCUUCGAGGUAUUACAUCCUUUUCGGGAACUCGUGAGGAUGGAAGCAACAAGUGCGAUGUGAAGAACUAUGCUGGAUUCAUGAAUGUGCAAUACUAUGCGUCUUGGAUCAGGGAGCUGAUCAGUGGAGAAGAUGAACUACCAAAUGAAUCGACGACUGAACAAACAACCACAGCUCAAUCUGCUGCAAUAUGGCCCGUUGCGGAGUCACCCAGAGAAGUACCAAGCCCAACAAAUCACGCGAAUUACAUGCAAAGAGAAUCUUACUCAUCCUGCCCCAGCGGGCAGCCAUGUGUGCCAUUUGAACACUGCAUCCAAAUGCAACAGUCUCGUGGAUCCGUUGUGCAAAGACCUACCCAAGUUUGUGAAAUUACUGAGCAUGACUCCUUUCGGGUUGAAAAGGUCUGCUGCCCUAUAUCCCUGCCGGAGCGUUACGGGGGCUACGAAAGUCACGGAAGGCCACCAUUUGAAAGUAGCAUCUCGUGCGGACAGCGUCGGACCAGUUCUCAUGUCACUUUGACUCCCACCAACCCUUUCUCGGACGAAUAUCCUUGGAUGGUGAGACUGAAAAGUUCCCAGGACGUCUUCGUAUGCCAAGGGACGCUUGUGUCCAGACGUUUUGUUCUCAUCUCAGCGUACUGUAAAAUGAAUAGUACAAUAACAUCCGCUCGUUUGGGGCGAUCAUAUAGAGGGCCGAGGAGAUGCGAUUUCUCAUCCGCAGAUUGCGUAGAUAUUGCAGUGAAAUCGAUUACCAAUCAUCCUCGAUUCGAUGUUGCAUCUGCUUCAGACCGUGAUUCUGACUACAAUAUAGCAUUGGCAGAAUUGGAAACAGCAGUAGACCUCAAUAACAAUAUCAACAGAAUAUGUCUUUCGAAAAUCGACUCCGAUAGAGACAUUGGAGACGUAAUUUUAACUAGCUGGACAUUCUCAGAUCAUCACAAAGAAGCUUACUACAAUGAGCGGUCAGGCAGAGUGCCAGAAAUCACAACCUCCGAUUCUCUCCAGCACGUGAUGUUCCGUGACGGUUCAACACUUCCGCCACACCAGCAACAAGCCCAAGAGGGUCUUCUAGCGCCUGGAGCUCCACUGCAAUGGAUAAACAAUACUGGUGGUCAAGUGGUUUUGAUUGCUGUUGUUACCCAUAGAGACUCCGAUGGAUACUUGGUUUCCGUUAUAAAACCCGACAUCGUCGAUUGGAUUUUAAGUGUGAUCGGGGUCAGCUAGAUGAUUUGAUGUCGGCUAAUUCAAAUCGUAUCUAUGAAACAUUUUAGCUCUAGUUAACGGUGCACAUUAUAAUCAAUAAAGUGAUCAUGUACGUAA